AUGAAGAAGGAAGAGGAAGGGGAAGAAGGAAGAAGAAAGAAAAGUGAAGAAGAGGAAAGAAGAAGAAGGAAGAGGAGGAGGAAGAAGAAGAAGAGGAAGAAGGGGAAGAAGAGGAAUAAGGGGAAGAACAGGAAGAACAGGAAAAAGGGGAAGAAGGGGAAGAAGAGGAAGAAGAGGAAGAAGAGGAAGAAGGGGAAGAAGGGGGAGAAGGGGAAGAAGAGGAAGAAGGGAAGAAGAGGAAGAAGAGGAAGAAGGGGAAGAAGGAGAAGAAGAGGAAGAAGGGGAAGAACAGGAAGAAGUGGAAGAACAGGAAGAAGAGGAAGAAGGGGAAGAAGAGGAAGAAGGGAAGAAGAGGAAGAAGAGGAAGAAGGGGAAGAGGAAGAAGGGGAAGAACAGGAAGAAGUGGAAGAACAGGAAGAAGAGGAAGAAGGGGAAGAAGGGGGAGAAGGGGAAGAAGAGGAAGAAGAGGAAUAA